UUAGUAAUUGUUUUUUUUAAUUCCGUCAUAUAAAAAAUCAUUAUGAUUAAAUCUUUUAUUUAAUAGUUCGCUAAUAUUAAUUUAUGUUAAUUUAAAACUUUAACCUCUUAUACAUAAAACCUUUUAUCUGAUGGAUAGUAAUUCUCUUUGUAAGCUUUCAGCUAUUACCGCUGAUAUCGCCCUUACUCUUUGCGAAUGAUCCCUCAUGAGAGGUUAUAAUUUUUAACCUGAAACUAAGACUGCCAAAUGAUAGGAUUAUAAUUUGCUGUUAUUUAUUAUCGAUACAACAUGGAUGUUCAAAGACAUUCUGUGCAUACACUUGUAUUUCGAUCAUUAAAAAGAACACAUGAUAUGUUUUUAUUGAAUCAAGGUACUUUACCACCUGUAGAUCAAAACCUUCAAAAUAUGAAAAAAUCUGUAAAAGCAAAAGAUUGUUAUGGUCCUGUGAUGGAACGCGUUAAACACAAUAUGACGACAAAAGUACAAAAUGAAAAUGACAAUCCAGAUCCACCGCCACCAGGGGAUGAAUCCUUUGGUAGAAGUGCUCCCUCUGCGGUUAUAACAUAUCACUCUACACCAACAAGUAACAUUGUAGCAACUACAGCAUCCACAUUAGGAAGCAAUACUGCUAAUACUACGGUUGCUGUACCCAUUAAAAAAGCUCCUUCUAUGGCAAAGCCAAAAUGGCAUGCACCAUGGAAAUUGUACAGAGUAAUAAGUGGUCAUCUUGGUUGGGUACGGUGCUGUGCCAUUGAACCUGGAAAUGAAUGGUUUGCUACUGGAUCUGCAGAUAGAGUAAUUAAAAUAUGGGAUCUUGCAACAGGUAAAUUAAAAGUAUCCUUAACUGGUCACAUAAACAGUGUCCGUGGCCUGGCAGUCUCGCAAAGACAUCCAUAUUUAUUCUCUUGUGGUGAAGAUCGUCAAGUUAAAUGUUGGGACUUGGAAUACAAUAAGGUUAUAAGACAUUAUCAUGGACAUCUGUCAGCUGUGUAUUCUAUGGCUUUGCAUCCUAGCAUAGAUGUAUUAGUGACAGCAGGUAGAGAUUCCACUGGAAGAGUAUGGGAUAUGCGUACUAAGGCUAAUGUUCAUACCUUGGUUGGUCAUACUAAUACUGUUGCCAGUGUAAUUUGUCAAACAGCAGAACCUCAAGUAAUCACAGGGAGUCAUGAUUGUACAAUACGUUUAUGGGAUUUAGCAGCAGGCAAAUCGAGAGCUACUUUGACAAAUCACAAAAAGAGUGUGAGAGCAGUUACAUUCCAUCCAUCAUUGUAUAUGUUCGCAUCUGCAUCACCCGACAAUAUUAAACAAUGGAAAUGUCCAGAAGGAAAAUUUAUCCAAAAUCUGUCAGGACAUAAUGCCAUAGUUAAUUGUUUAGCUGUUAAUGAGGAUGGAGUAUUAGUUUCUGGAGCAGACAAUGGUACUAUGCAUCUUUGGGACUGGAGAACAGGAUACAAUUUUCAACGAUUACAAGCUCCAGUUCAACCUGGCUCAAUGGAUAGCGAAGCUGGUAUAUUCAGUAUCACAUUUGACAUAUCUGGUACUCGUAUGAUUACAACAGAAGCAGAUAAAACAAUAAAAGUUUAUAAAGAAGAUAAUACUGCGGUAUGUACUUUUUGUAAAUACAUUAAAUGCAGUACAAUUACAAAGACAAUGAAGGCUUCGUAUUUAUAUAAAUUGUUUAUAUUAUUUCUAGACUGAAGAAUCUCAUCCUGUCAACUGGAGACCUGAUAUAAUAAAACGAAGGAAAUAUUAAAUAAUAACUAUAAUAAUUUAAGAAGAGUAAUUUUUGCAAUUACUUUUAAUUCAACAUUUGUAUUUAAUUAGAACAAAUACAAGACAUUUACCUAUUUUA